CAUGGGGGGGAGCUGGUUCAGUUUGGCUGGAACGCCGGUCCUCGUCAUGCACGUGUCUUUGGUCUGGUGAACAACCUUACCAAUAAGAAGAAGCUGUCCAUGACUACGAGGCAGCAGAAGGACUCCCAUGCUUUAGGAAUUCUGGCUUUGAGCUGGAACUUGCUCAUAGCUAGUCUCCCUGCUGAGGUCAGUACAUCAUGUAUCGAGGCAAUCGGUGAGGCAGGCCUGCCUGCCAUGACAGUCAAAGGCAAUGACUUGGACUUUGGGUAUACCCUAGACUUACCUGGUGGUCCUCUCUGCUUUUCGACAGCUGAGUGGGCUCCCUCUGAGGCAUAUAUGUCACAGAAUUAUGAGUCGUAA